UGAUGAUAACAAGGAUUUUUAUUCAUCGAAACGUUCAAGUUCAACUUCAGUUAAUCAUAAAAAAUUGAGAUCAAAACCACAUAAUAUUGAGCAUGGUUCACAGAGAGAAAGAAAAUUAUCUAAUAAUCAUAAUAGCGCAUCACACAGAAGAGGUGGUGAAGAAGAUCGCAAAGGUCACAGAAUUGAUCGUGGUUCAUCCACUAAAGUGAGACAAACCGAUCGUGAACGAGAUCGUGGGGAUCAUUGUGAAGAAAAGCAUUCAAAUAAUGAUUCAAUAAGUAAAAACAAGGGAUCCUCCGUAGGCAUUUAUCGCUCAAAGACUACACCACCAAACCAAACACACCAAA